UCACAAGCGAAGAAGAAACCCGGAUGUCAUGUUAGGUUGGUGAUCUUCCAACUGUACACAACAUGUAAACUCUUGGGAUGAAUGUAGCAAUGCAAUUAUCACAUGUAUCCUAAAAGAACGUGUGCAUCCGGUCCUACAUGACUCAUUUUUAGAGACCAUUUCUUUAAGAUCUAUCACCAUGUCUGGAGCGCUGGCCAGGCUGCUGUUUUACCCCACCUUAGCCUACAAUGUGGUCAUGGAGAAGGUGUCCUCUAGGCAGUGGUUCACCCGAGUGGACCAGACCGUCAUACUGGGAGCCCUGCCCUUUAAAUCAAUGACAAAAGAGUUGGUCCAAAAAGAAAACGUCAGAGGGGUCAUUACCAUGAACGAAGAAUACGAAACUAAAUACUUCUGCAACUCUGCUGAGGAGUGGGGGGACGCAGGGGUGGAGCAGCUCAGGCUGAGCACCGUUGACCUGACGGGGGUACCCAGCCUGGAGAACCUGCACAGGGGCGUGGAGUUUGUCAUGCGCCACAGAGAGGAGGGCAGCAGUGUGUACGUCCACUGUAAGGCCGGGCGCUGUCGCAGUGCCACGCUGGUCGCUGCCUAUCUCAUACGGCUCCACUACUGGACCCCCGAGGAGGCCCGCCACAGGCUGGUCACUCUCCGGCCCCACGUCCUGAUCCACUCGGCCCAGCGGGCCGCGCUCGGGAGGUACCGCCAGCAGGUGUGUGAGGACUCCAGCUGAGAACGCCUCCAGGACUGGAGGAGAUUCAUAUUUCCUAGUAGAUAUAAUUGUACAUUUUCAUCAGCUUUUUUUUUUUUUUUACAUUGUAAAAUGUUCAUAAAAUGCGCACAAAACAAUGUUUUAUUUUUCAUAUGAGGCAUUGGUGAAACUUGCCAAUUCAGAAAAUAAAUAUUUAAUGAAGCUCUUCUGA